AUGGCGACCCCGCGCGACCAACCGUUGGCGUCGACCUCGGACGCCGUCGGCGCGCUGACGCCGUCGCCGCCGCGGAACAUGCGCGACGUCGCGUUCGAGGAUCUGUGCGCGCUGCUCGACGCGAUUCGCAACGUGAACCGAAGCGGCAGGAAGGGCGCGAAGCGGAAGCGCGAGAUCUUGGACGGGUUCCACGCGGAGAUGGGGAUGCGCCGAGACGCCCCGAGAGAGGGCGCGUUCGAUAUGUACCGGCUCGUGCUGCCGCAGAUGGACAAGGAGCGCGCGGCGUACGGCCUGAAAGAGGCCGCGCUCGCGCGAUGCCUAGGCCUCGCGCUCGGGUUGAAACGCGGCGUCUCCCCAGACUUCAUCGCGCUCGAGGCGUGGAGGAAGCAAGGGACCGGUGUCUUCGCGCUGACGGCGUUCCAGGUGUGUCACAAGCACAUGCCGGAUAACAUCCCGGCCUCGGGUCGCCGCGCGACGGUCGGCGAAGUCAACGACGCGCUUGAUAAGCUCGCGGGGAAAAAAGCGACGGACGAAAAAGUGCCGAUACUCCGCGCGCUCUUGGAAGGCCUCGGCGCCGUGCAGAUGCGGUGGCUCGUGGCGAUCAUACUGAAAGACCUGAAGCUCGGAUGCGGGGAGAGUUUUCUGCUCAGGCACUACCACCCGGACGCGGAGGAUCUGUACAACGUGUGCUGCGACUUGAGACGCGUCGUCACGACGUUGAACGUCCGGGACAAGCCGUUCGAACGCCAGGACCUCUCCCCCGGGUCUCUCGUGAACGCGAUGAACUCGUCCAGGGUGAACGCGACGGAGAAGGCGUUUAAGAAGAUGCAAAAGAGGAAGGCGACGUUCGUGAUCGAGACCAAGUUCGACGGCGAACGGAUUCAAGUCCACAGGACGGGCGAGCGCGAGUUCAAGUAUCUCACGAGGAACAACAUCGACUUCCAUCCGCGCGGGUACAGCGUGCUCGACCGACUGUUCCGAGCGCGGUUGAAGAAGACGACGUGCGUCCUCGACGGCGAGCUCGUGAUCUGGAACAAGAGAGAGAAGAGAUACCUCGAGUUUGGGUACCUGAAGGGUUUCAUCAACGCGAUCGGGCGGUCGUGUCCGGCGGAGGCGAUCAUCGAGAAGCAGUCGAUGUACAACAGCCGCGUGAGGGACGCGGACGGCGGCGGCGGCGACGGCGACGGCGACGGCAGCGACGGCGACGGCGACGGCAGCGAAAGCGACGACGACGACGACGACCGCGCCGGCGGCGACCGCGGCGAGACGUUGAAGACCGCGAACGACCCGGGGCAGUACAGAUUGGCCGACUUGGAGCUCGUCUACGUCGCGUUCGACGUGUUGUACGACGACGACCACUCCGUGAUUCACCGCCCGCUGUCCGAACGACACGACGUCCUUCGAGGGAUGUUCAAGCCGCUGGGCGCGGGGCACGACGCGGGCGCUCACGCCCGCGCCCGCGAGCGCGCGCGCGGGGAAGAGACCGACGACGACGACGACGCCCCGGUCGCGGACCAGAGCGACGGGACGGUCCGGUUGGGCCCGCGAGGCGGCGCGUCGAAGGGAAGGGUGCAGAUACACGUCCCGGCGAAGGAUCCCACGGAGCCCGUCAACCCCGACUGCGUCGUCGCCUCGAUGCUCGGGGAGAUCGAGACGUACUUCUGGCGCGCGGUCGACCGCGGCGACGAGGGUCUCAUCAUCAAAGACUUGGGGUCGAAGUGGGAGCCCGGCGCGCGCGGGGACUCGUGGUUGAAAAUCAAGCCCGAUUACCUCCCGACGGAGGAUCUCGACGUCGUCAUCAUCGGCGGGUUCUACGGCACCGGACGCCAGAGGGGCGGGAAGAUCGCGGAGUACCUCCUCGGGAUCGUGGAGACGCCGACGAGAGAAGGCGCGAGGCCGACGCGGGUGAUGUCGUUCAGCAAAGUCGGCACGGGGAUGUCCGUGGACGUGAUGCAGAGACUCCGAGAAAAAUUAGGGCCGCACAUGCUUCCCGCGGGCAAAGGGUACAACCCGCCGACGAUGUACGACGUCACCGGCGCCGCGGCAGAGACCCCGGACGUGUGGAUCGACCGCCCGGAGAACUCCGUGGUGUUGACCGUCAAGGCGGACAUCCGGCUGGUUCGAACGAUGACGUUUCGCGCGGACGUCUCUCUGCGAUUCCCCCGCGUCACCGGCGUGCGGUGGGACAAGCCGUGGCACGACGCGCUGUCGAACGAGCAGCUCGCGGUGAUGCAAGACGAGGGCGGGAUCGGCGUCGCGGUGGGCAGGGCAGGACGGUUCGGGAAUCGAACCGCCGCGGAAGGCGGCGACGGCGCGGGGUACGCCAAGCAGCCGAGCAGCAAACGGCACAAGGCGGCGCCCGCGCGCGACCGAAGACUCCCCGCGCACCUCGCGGUCGCGGACACGUCCGCGGUCACGCGCGAGGGGAACAUCCUUCGCAGCCUCGACGUGCGGAUCCUCGCCGGCGGCGACCAAUACUCCGCCGGGGCGUUCAAAGCCGAGCUCGCGGCGCUCGUGAAAUCCCAAGGCGGGAAAACCUCCGAGGCGCGUUCUAUACACUGGUCCCCAUACGACCCCGUUCGCGUGGUGAACGCCGCGAGCCACCCCGGGUUGACGCACGUCGUCGCCUCGCCCGCGGCUCGCGGCACGAUCGCGUUCGAGGCUGUUAAGAGAGCGGGCGGCGUGGACGUGUUGACCCCUCAGUGGCUGCGCGACUGCGUCGCGCGCGGGGAGAUUUUCGAACCGACGCCGAAGCACCGUUUGGUGACGUGCGCGGCGACCGUCGAGCGCUCCGCCGGCGCGAUGGAUCGGUUCGGCGACGAUCACUACGUCGACGUCGACGCGGACGACGCCGCGGCGCUGGUGCACGGCGACAGGAUGACGAGCGCGAUGAAUCAGCGGCGAGGCGACGACGACGACGACGACUUCGACUUCGAAGCCGAGGAGGUGGCGAUGCAGCUCGCGGCGAUGAGCGACGAGGACGACGACGACGGCGGCGAUGACGACGGCGGCGGCGGCGGCGCGGAGACGGGUAACCCGGCGCGAGCGUUCCGGACGUUCGAGCGGUGCGUCUUCCUCGUCGUGACCGCGCCGCGCGGGGUGGACGUGUCCAGGCUGCCGUUCAUCGACGCCGCGCUGGACGUCGCGCGCGUGAAGCGCGUCGACGUCCAUCGCGACGAGAGCGAGGACGACGGGGCCCACGGCGAGACGACGAGACGCGCGGCGCCGGCGCCGACGACGACGGCGGCGGCGAUCAUAGCGCUCACCGCCGCGGACGGCGCAGGCGCCGCGGGGGAGGACGCGGACGCGCGUCGCGACGAAGAGAUGGAGGCGGAGCGAUCGACGCGCGCGGACGCCGCGCGGCUCGCGCGGUCGCUGAGGCUGCGAGGCGCGCGCGUCGCGUCGGGGUGUCGCGUCGGGGUCACGCACGUCGUCGCGUUCGAGCCGGGCGGCGGCGGCGGCGGCGGCGGCGGGGGCGGGGAUCGAUCGGACGACGCGACGGGCGACGGCGAGACGCGGUGGGGGGGCGCGAUGGUCGUGUCCCCCGCGUGGGCGCGUGCGAGGAUGGCCGAGGGCGCGCGCGUCGUCCCGUGA